GUUGAAGCACGCGUUCAGGAACGAGCUUGCAAGCUCGGGCGCGCGAGUAGCCGGGGGCUGGAGACCCCUAUCGUAGUAUUUAACGACCGCGCGCGAUGUAUGUACGCUACGCGAUUGUCCCUUACGGGCAUCGCUACGCCCGUGGACAAACGCGCCCUGUCGCCGUUCGCACCAUUGUUCCAACAACGGUCAUGUAUAAUACUGUUUGUUAUUACUCCUGAGUUCUAA